GUUCAUCUGUUGGCUGCAUUUCCCUCCUUCUCCGCUAGGACUCCUCGCUUUUUUUUUUCUUUGACCUCAAGAGUGGAGGCAGACACAAACUGGGGUUUGCUGUUGUUGUGGAUGCAAAGCUAACUUUUUAAUGGGGAUAGAAACUUGUUUGCCGUACUUGCUAGUGUGUCCUGCUAACAUCGAUGUUAGCCACUAGCCAGCCUGUAUAAAUGCUUGUUGGUAUAAUGGACCUGUUGAACUCUCAGUUCCUGGACAAGAUGAACAAUAACAUCGGCAGACUGCACUACGACGAUGAGUCCAGGACAGCCUCUCUGUCCACUGCUAUGCCCAACAUGACUGGGCACCCAUCACACUGUCCAAACAAACGCAAGUAUGGUGAAGAACAAAUGGAUGAUCGAAUCAACUGUGAUGAUGACCACAUGACCAAAAUGAGCAGACUGUUUGCCACUCAGCUGGCCCGUCCCUCUGCUGGAGACAACAGUAUUGAGCCCUGGAGCCGCAGUCCUGUGGAGCAUGUUACGUCCUCUUCUAAUGGUCUCCAUGGGACUGGCAUGUAUGCUUCUGUUUCUGACUAUGCCGUUGAUCGGCCUUUGCCUCUGACCAAAAACAGCCACGAAACUGGGGUCAGUAGCAGAGAGAGAUCUGUUAUUGGAGGGACUUUGGAGCGGCAGCAGAAUCGUCCCUCAGUUAUUAUCUGCGCCCCAGCGAGCAACCGCAACUGUAACCUGUCUCACUGCCACAUGAACGGCUGCUCUGCCAGUCAGCAUGCCGAUCAAAGAAAUACAAAUGCAAACACCGUGUGUGAUCCAGUUAUUGAGGAGCACUUCCGCCGCAGCCUGGGCAAAAACUACCAGGAGGCGGAACCUGUGUCAAACUCUGUGUCUAUCACUGGUUCAGUUGAUGACCACUUUGCUAAGGCUCUGGGAGACGCCUGGUUCCAAAUCAAGGCCAGAGGUGGCGCUCCUCAGAGUCCAGAUGAUCAGUGAAGAGGAGGAGCAGAAACAUCAAAACGUUCUUCAGCCAAAAACACAACGUAAGACAAUUUAUAUAGUACCAUUUACUAAUGGUUGUAGAACCCAAACAUAAGUGGAAAUCCUUCUGUUAAAAUUUCUUAAAAAAAAAAAAAAAAUAAAUAUUUCAUACUGUUUUUGGAUGGAACGUAAACAAUCAUCAAACUUACUUUGAGCGGCUUUUCUACUGCCUUCUAUUCUUUCUCUCUUGAUUUUUACUUGCCUUAAUUCGCCAAAGAAGUUUCUUGCCUUUUUCUACAAAUAUAAAAGCCAUAGAUCAGGUCUUCACUAUUUUCAUAUUGAAUACCGCACUCACUCACUGCUGUCAGAACUUCCUAUUGCACUAAUGCAUGUAAAGGUCAGGUAGCAGGUUACCUGUUAGGCUAGAAUGCACAUUGUAUUUUCUUAAUGCAGUAAAACUAGCAGACGUACCUGGACACUUCCACCUGGGCCACAGAGAUGACAGGGAGAUUGAUGGAGCUUUAGACCAGUGUCUGUACCAGUGUCUGUACCAGUGUUUGUCAACCUUUUGAGCAACUGCACAUAUUUUACAUUAGAAAUAAUUCAUCUAGUGCUCCACCAAAUGAAGAAGUCAUAAAAAGUAAAUGUAAUAAAUGAUAAACGCUCUUCUAGUUACAACAGAUUUUUCUUAGUUUAAGACCUGGGCCUGUUUAG